AUGUCAGGAAUCAAAGCGAGAGCAUUAGAACUCAUCUCUGCGGCCAAAUCAGGCGAGCCUAUUCUGAAUCUGAAGCGCAGCGUCGACGCGGAAACGCUAUGGCCCGCCGCAGUCGAAAAAGAAUCUGACAAGGCGGCUACGAUAUUGCGAUCAUUCUUCGUGGACGGCUUCAUCGUGCCAUACAGGACUGUAGCUUCCUGCCCUGAAGAGAUCCUCAAACGAUGCCAAGCACUUAUGAUCCUGCAUUUGAUGAAGAGCGAUCUAUGUUCGCCCCAUGCAAGUGGUAGCGGUGUAGUCAUCGCCCGACUUCCCGAUGGCAAGUGGUCUGAGGCUGCUGGGGUUCUGGUCGACUUCCACGCAGAUUUGCCUACCGACGUUGAUGUUGCUGACGUUGUGCUGGUCGUCAACGACAAAUACAGCGUCGGGAUCCUCUCGAGAGAUGACUGCAUCCUUGGAAAGUCUCUUCGCAUCGCUCCUGGACCUAUACUCAAGAGCGAUGCGGGCACCGAGAGUUCGUACUUAACCGACUCGACUGAUGUGCCAGCCUGGGUAUACGCCAAAUCCAAGGGUCAAAUCCUGGACCUUGAUCUCAGCGGCCUCAUCGUUCGCGAAGCCCUGUCGGAAAACGAACGAGCAUAUGGAGUGGCAGGUAUCUCCACGCGGGAGAUGAUGUCAGGCACGGUCAAAGGUCCUGCUAGAUCCACGAACUAUCUAUUCGACACUGUGUCAGCUCUGGAAAGCCAAUCUGGGGACUAUAGCAGGCUCCUUGCUCCAGGCAGCUGUACGAGCGAUCGACGCAUUCGACCUGUGAAGAUGGCAACGAAAGAUCAUGGGACUUAG